GAAAUGAAGAAUCAUACAAGGCAGAUAGAGUUUAUCCUACUGGGAUUGACGGAUAUUUCUCAAUUACAGAUUAUAACUUUUUUGUUUCUACUUCUAAAUUACCUGUUGAGUAUGGUAGGGAACUUGACCAUUAUUGCCCUCACUUUACUGGAUUCCCAUCUCAAGACCCCAAUGUAUUUCUUCCUUCGUAAUUUCUCUUUCCUGGAAAUUUCUUUCACAAGUGCUUGCAUCCCCAAAUUUCUAAUCACCAUCAUAACUGGGAAAAGAGUUAUUUCCUAUAAUGACUGUAUAUCUCAGUUGUUUUUUUACAUCUUCCUGGGGGUUACAGAAUUUUUCCUUCUUGCUGCUAUGUCCUAUGACCGCUAUGUUGCCAUCUGCAAACCUUUGCAUUAUACAUCCAUCAUGAGUGGCCAAGUUUGUCAGAAGCUUGUACUUGGUUCUUGGGCAACUGGGUUCCUAGUCAUUUUCCCUCCAUUGAUUUUAGGUCUUGAUUUAGAUUUUUGUGGUUCAAAUAUCAUUGAUCAUUUCAUUUGUGACAUUUCUCCUCUCCUGCAACUUUCUUGCACAGAUACACACUUACUAGAACUAAUAGCCUUUUCUCUAGCUGUGAUGACCAUCAUUGUGACAUUACUAUUAGUAGUUCUUUCUUAUUCUUUCAUUAUCAAGACAAUUCUAAAAUUCCCUUCAGCUCAGCAAAAGAAAAAAGCCUUUUCCACCUGCUCUUCUCACAUGAUUGUUGUUUCUAUCACUUAUGGUAGUUGUAUCUUCAUUUACAUAAAGCCAUCUGCAAAUGAAAGAGUUACUUUAAGCAAAGGGGUAGCUGUGCUCAAUACUUCUGUUGCUCCUUUGCUAAAUCCAUUUAUUUAUACUCUGAGGAACCAGCAAGUUAAAAAGGCCUUCAGAGCUCUAUUUAGAAGGUUAUUUUCUACUUCACACAAGUAAUGCUGUUUACUAAAAUCAUGAAAACACAAAGUAUCAUUUUA